GCCACUUGUUCACGGUCGUAAUUAGCGAGGCGGCUUUAAUGUUUUCUACCGCAAAUGCAUUAAGGUGGAGGGGAUCGUAGGAGGACUUCGUAAAGGUCUUCUCACAGUGUCCGGGCAGCAAUGUUGUCGCAACUCGUGGUGUUGUGCGUCCUUCUUCUGGUACAUGCAGAUGCCUUACCCGAUGAGAAGCAACUCUAUUUUCACUUCAUGUACAGCUGCAUUUCCAGGAAACUUGUGAGCCAAAACCUGCCGGUUAAAGCGCGCAAUGCAUUGAGACGCACUGCCGCUGCAUUCGUCAAUUAUGCUGAAGACUGGACACCAUCGGACAGUAUUACCAACGAACAGUUCGAGAGGUACCAUAGGUCUAUAAGAAGACCUAUGUAUGGGAAGCACCUCCUGGAAAAUGCGUGGCGCAAAUGCAGUGGAGAAGCGUGCCGUCCACAGACGGAACUCCAUGAAGUGUCAUGCAGAACGAAGACGUAUUUUUCGUACAAUCCACGACUGCACCAAUGUCGACCACAGCGAGGAAUUUGCGAACGGUCAUUCCAUCAUUUCAAUACGAUGCACCAAUGUGAGUUGGCCUGCAAAAGCAUCAUGAAUCCUCCUAAAGCGCCCAAACCGCUUGUGCUACCGAGACCAGUGCGACGAAAGAAGCCAGGAACUAAGAGCAUGCAGUUACUACUCUUGGAGGCUCCUGGACACCGUGGUGAUCGUAAAGUGGUUUUCAACCAUACUGUCCCUGUGGAUCCAAAAGAGGCAUUUCUCUUCCUAGCAUAUUUUACUGGAAAACAAUGACCACGCUUUAAGGCAAUAAAACUGUCCUAAUGUUUCUAGGGA